AUCCAGAUGAACAGAAUCAACUUUUGGGGGUUAAAUCAACAGUGUCACUGCCCUCUGCUGAGACUGGACAUAAUAUAAGGCAUGACAGAACUGACAGCUAUUAUUCAGCUAUUAUAAGCCUGUCUCAGAUCUUUUAACUCCAAGUAUCAUAAAAAAAAAAAAACAAUUUUACAAAUGCAUAUUUUAUUGUACAAUUCAUUACUUAAGAACAGAAUUCUUUGUUUCAAUGCGUGUGGUGCUUGUGGUCCUCUGUCAUUGGCAUUCACUGCACCACAUUAUAGUGUCUGCUUCCAAACUGACUGUGCUUUAUCCUAUAUUAUAUCAAACAAUUUGAAUAUCAAUUCCAGUGUCUUCCAAGUGUGCUAACUUACUGUAACAAACACUGUCUUUCCCUGACGUUUGCCGGUCUGCGUUGCUGAGCUUCCACCUGUGUGUUGUCAUUACUCAUGUGUCUUCAGUCCAAACCUUUUUGGAUAGUGAUCACUGCCACCUGCUGGCCGGUUUAACAAUUCCCAGGCAAAGAUUUGAAAAUUCAAACUUUUGAAGCUGGACUGUUUAUUAAGCUCAGUUAAAUCUGACAAAUAAAAAAAGAAAUUAAAUAUCAAAUUGCAUAUAUGCGUUUUAAGUCCCAUAGUUUUGCUACAUCUGACAUUUUUUUUUCAAUUUACUGGUCAAAACGUUGUCUUGCAAUUUAUUUUGGAUGGUCAGUAAAAACAUGAUGUAGAGUUGUGAAAAACUGAGUUUUCAUCAAACUUGAUCACUUUUGCUGAUCACAAUUUUUGAUCACUUUUAUUUCCUCUUCCUGUUUCGGUGUUACAGUUCAAGUUUUAUUUCACUCUUGUUUUUUCUGAUCUUUGCCUUUAAAAAAAUCCCAUUUGUACUUGAUCCCGCCCGUCAUUAUUCCUCCAUCCAUCUGCUUCUGUGCUCAUGUUUGGCCUCUUCUUUCUGCCGUCUGCCGUCCAUUCACAGUCCAGCCAAAACCAGCAACCUGACAAAACCUCUGCUUUUAUAGACAUAGUAACACUUGGUAACAUGGUAACGCUCGCUGAUGAGCAGGUAUGAAGUGCAUGUGAUUAUGACCACUUAGCUGUUGUUUACCCUCGUACAGAUGUGUAUGGCAGAUACAGUAAGGGUGAAAUUAGUUUCUCAGGCUUCUUCUGCAUUUUGACUUUGUUAUCUUUAAAUAAUGACAUCGUGUAAUGUAUAUAAUUUUACCAAUUUGUUUAUUACCUGUUAAGGCGCAGAUUAUUUUAAUUAUGUCCUGAUACAUAACACCUUAGACAAGAUUACAGGACUGCUGUUCAUGUCAUGGAUUCUGGGUUUUGUGCCUUGUUUUCAUAUUUGGAUUCUGGGAUGUUUCAGUGUUCCUGGUUUUGUUUUAUUUCUAGACUGUGGUUUUGAUUGUGUUCAUUUUGUAUUUUUUAAUGUAGUUUAGUAAUGUUUCUAUUGUGUCUUGUAUUUGUUUUAUUUGUGUAUCAUUGCUGUAGUUUCAGCUUUGUCUAAAAGUGUCUCCACUUUUCUUGUUCCCUCUAUGUGCUGCUGCCUUGUGAGUCCUCCAUUUGGGUCAUUUACUGCACUUUGCUUCAAACCUUGUUUGAUUUACAAUUAAACAAACCUAAAAAAACAUUAAAAUGAGCACAUUACCAUGGAAACGGGAAGAAACACGGGCUCGCUCCCCUCUAUCAGUAUUCAUCUCAGCUGCGAUGCAUUGAGAGAACUCACUGGCUUUUGUGUUUUAACAACAGAGUUUAAAAAGAAAAUACUCAAGUAGUCUUUAUCUGACACAAAAACAUAUGCUUUGGUUUAACGGUGGCUCUCACUGAAACCCUGCAAAACUCGAUGGCCUCCCUCUUUAACAACCUCUCUGAACUUUGACUCAGAGGACAAAGUAAACACUUACAAGAGGCAGGACUACUACUACUAAUAGCAAGUCAGCCAGCUUUCAGUACAGUCCAGUUUGACCAUGUUUCUUUCAGUUGUGCUGCUGUGGUUCUGUGUUGGCUUCAUCGUUCUUCAGCUCAAAUCUCGGAGGCCCAAGAACUUUCCACCGGGACCCCCUGUCCUGCCCCUGCUAGGCAACACUUUGCAGCUGAGCCUGGAAAACCCUUUAAAGGACUUUGAAAGGCUGAGGAAGUCUUACGGAGACGUCUACAGUAUCUUUAUUGGCCCUAAACCAGCAGUAAUCAUCAAUGGGGUGAAGGCAAUAAAGGAGGCGAUGGUGACCAAGGCUAGUGAUUUUGCUGGACGACCUCAAGACUUGUUUGUUAAUGAUGUCACCAAGAGUAAAGGUAAAGCAGGGGUUAUUCUGGCAGAUUACGGCUCUAGUUGGAGGGAACAUCGUCGCUUUGCUUUGAUGACUUUGAGGAACUUUGGUCUGGGGAAGAAUUCAAUGGAGGACAGGAUUCACAAAGAGAUUAAAUACACCAUCAGUACCCUGGAAAAGAGCAUUGAUAAAACCAUGAGCCCUCAAGUUAUGUUUCACAAUGCAGCCUCCAACAUCAUCUGCCAGGUCCUGUUUGCUAGACGCUACGAGUAUGACAACGCGUUAAUCAAAGUGAUUGUUCAGUGCUUCACUGAGAACUCCAAGAUAGCCAAUGGGCCGUGGGCUAUGCUGUAUGACUCUUUUCCUUUAAUACGUUACCUACCACUGCCCUUCAUGAAAGCCUUCAAGAAUGCAGAGACAGUUGAAAAUCUUGUAAAUGAGUUUAUAAGGGAGCACAAGAAGACCCGAGUUCCCGGAGACCCACGGGACUUUGUUGACUGCUAUCUGGAUGAAUUGGAGAAGAGAGGCGAUGAUGGGUCUUCAUUUUCAGAAGACCGGAUCUGUCUGUACGCUUUAGACCUUCACUUUGCUGGGACUGACACUACAUCCAACACCCUACUUACUGGAUUUCUUUACCUUAUGAACUACCCACAUGUACAAGAACGGUGUCAGCGGGAGAUAGACCAAGUGUUGGAAGGGAAAGACCGGGUCAGUUUUGAGGACAGACACAAUAUGCCCUACGUGCAGGCUGUGAUUCAUGAGAUACAGAGAGUUUCCAACACUGUUCCUCUCAGUGUCUUCCACUGCACGACUAAAGACACAGAGCUAAUGGGAUAUUCCAUUCCCAAGGGAACAAUGAUCAUCGAGAAUCUGACCUCAGUGCUCAACGAGGAGGGACAGUGGAAAUUCCCUCAUGAAUUCAACCCUGAAAACUUCCUCGAUGACAAAGGAGAGUUUGUUAAACCAGAGGCCUUCAUGCCUUUCUCUGCAGGUCCUCGGGUGUGUCUUGGAGAGGGUCUGGCUCGUAUGGAGCUCUUCCUCAUCAUGGUGACUCUGCUGAGGAAGUUUAAAUUCAUCUGGCCCGAGGACGCAGGAGAACCAGACUUCACUCCAGUCUAUGGGGUCACUUUGAGUCCCAAACCUUACCGCAUGAAAGUCCAACUCAGAACGCCACAGUGAGGUCACAAACUAACACGUCACCAUGGAAAUCCUGGUGGGAAUGUAACUUGGAUAUAUCAAGUGAAAGAUUAGAGACCGUUCCAGUUCUUUCAAUUCAAUUCAAUUUUAUUUAUAUAGCGCCAAAUCACAACAAAAGUCGCCUCAAGGUGCUUUAUAUUGUACAGUAAAUUGCACAAUAAUA